AUGUCGCACUUAGAUUUCCUUCUUGAUCCUCUUCUUUUACAAGAAGACGAACGAAACAAGAAUACUAGCAGCUCCUCACAAAGAGCCUCUUCGAUCAAGCCAGAGACUCCCUUUAUCAAGCAAGAGCAAGUAGAGGAGCAUGUUUACCACCCGGUUUCAACAAACCUUGGCAACACACCAGAGUUAAAAUAUGAAGACGGUUAUAAGCCUGCUUCUUGCUCAUCCAUUUCUGCCGAGGGACAUGAUAUCCAAAACAAUAUUUCAGACCAUCUUUCAUCUUAUCAACAAGACCGUAAGUCUUCGGAGAAACCACAGUAUUCACCAUCCGCGCAAUCUGGAUCCUUCAAAUCGCCCAAAGAAUACGAUCAGUAUGUUGGAGAUCUAACUUCGCUGCAAAAAUAUGAGCCUGGAGCCUCAGAUCAUUUGCGGCCUUCAUCGCCACAAGCAAGUAUACAAACUGGCGACACCGAGUCCUUUCCACCAUCAGCAGGCUUGCAACCUGUAAGCUCUGAUUCUGAUCGGCCUUCUGAUGAUAUUUAUUACGAUGCUAGAGGUGUAUCCCAAGCACAACCAAAUCGAUAUCAUUUGACUGGCGACCAAUCUCCUGGCAGUCGAACUCUUCCUAACCAACACUCUAUCAAUGAAAAUGUUGUUGAUAAUCAAUAUUACAGCAGCCAGGUUUUCGAUAGUACACCAGUUUCUCAAGCUUCCGAGCCUGAUCUUGAUUUUGAUGAGUACUUAGAUUUACAACCAGGAGUUAUCACCAUGAAUCUCCCCACACCAGCUACAAUCCAAGAAGUCGAAUACUUGCAAUCUUGGAUUCCGAGAAACAAAGUAGACAUCGAAAGUUUCUAUGCUGCUAGGCCUGGACUGAAUCAACCAAUUCUUGAAAACUGUUCAGAGCAGGAUCAGAUAGAUACUGUCAUGAGACACAUGUUAGCUGAGCAUGGAGCUAUAAUUGAUGAGAGACAAAAUAUUCAUGGCCGAUAUGAUCAACUUGGCGCAGUUCUGAUCAGCCAGUUCCGAUUACAGAACCCGGAGCAUGCCUGCGAGCUCCAGCGCCAAGGAGAUCUUGCCUUCCCAUCACCUGCCAUCCCUCAAGCUCUUUCAUACCCUUCCAGGACCCGUCAUUCAAGUAUUCGCAAAGAUGUUAAUCGACCUAUCCAUAACAACUACGAAGAAAUUGGUGGUCCAGAUGUAGAGACAGUAAAGCAAUGGGGCGGAAUUAAAAAUCAAAUCAACAACAAAGGUGUCUACCAUGAAGUCUUGCAUCGCAGACGCACAACUAUCGGUGCCAAAUACCACCCUGAAGCUGACCAAAUGAUGGCAUUACCUUAUUCCACUGGCGAAAAUCUGACCGAUCGAGAUAUCCUCCAAUUAGCGAGAUUGAGCCCUUUCGAAAGAUAUUUACGCGCUUCAAAAUUUUUCAACGAGCGAGGAGAGUUCUACACUCGUCAUAAACGCUUCACGGAGAUGUCGGAUGCGCGUCUUAGACGCGAGGGCUUGUUGCGUGCGUGGAUCCCGAGGAAGGCAGGGGAUCGUCCCCAUAAUAGCGUAGAGCGUGCGGCGCGGGCGGCACAGCUGGGGUUGACGGGUGAUGACAAGUUGAUUGCUGAUGCAGCUGCAGAGAGACUUCGUCGAGCUGCGGCAGAGAAAAAGAUAAGAGAAUCAAAGGCAGCAUAA